CGGAUUUAUCCACGAAGAAUCACGAUUCACUAUUCAGUCGUGGUCGUGCUCGUGAGUCGAUCUACAGAGGCAAUUUCUAGUGAUUGUGUUUUCGGCGUCGCGGCAACACUUGCGUCUUUAUAAUAAACAUCAAACAAAUUAAAAUGCUGUAGAAGUAUCAAUUAAGUAACGUUUUCAUAAAUUUAUUAACCGGAUUAAUAUUUAUGGAGAAACUUAUAAUCUAAAGGAAGAUGUGACGUGCUAGUGAAAGUCGGAUUUAUGUUUCAAUUAGAGAUGAGGACCUUUAUGGGCCCAUAGCAGAUCUACAUGAUUUUAAGCUUUAAGGUAAUGCGAGGAGAGAUAGCAAAGUUGUGUUUGGUGAUCGCUACCCUGGCGCUCGAGCCCGCAUCGGGCGAAGGCGCGUGUGAGCGGGGUCGCUCUUGGUGGCACCGGCAGCGUGGCGCCUGCGUGCCCUGCACAAGGUGUGACCCACGCCGCUUCGUCGUCAAGUUCCCCUGCGAACUGCACCGUGACACCAUCUGCCAGCCUCUUCAUGAGGUCCGCAUCUGGCCUUUUAACACAGAAAAUGACAAUGAUACAAGUGAAACUGCCAGUGAUUAUGAGUAUUACGAGUACUCGGACUAUAGCGGUGAAGUGAAAGAUGAACUCGAGUGGGAUGUACAGACCUCGACACUGACUGUCGCUGUAAGUGGGUGUUUAGUGUUUUUUGUGGUAGUGCUUACGUUGACGCUGUACCACGCGAAGCAAUGGAGGACGUUGAAAUUAGCGUUAAAAUCAGAUGUACAAGAUUUAUCAGCUAAGCUGAAACUGAUGGAAGCGGGUGCAGAAACGCCGGCCGAGCCGGUACCCACCGAUCAUCACAUCUACUGCAAUAUACACGUCGGCAAAGAUACUUUGUUAGGUGAGGUCCAACUAGUGGGAAAGGCUUGGGCAACGUGUACACAACACAUGAUAAAUAAUUAAUUGAUCACCACCGUAAAGUAACAAUGCAAGUACAAAGAAAUAGGAACCUCGCACAUCACCUAGGAAGGAAUAUGAAAUAUUUUUGCAAUUAAAAUAUAUAAAUUAAACAAU